GUGUCUCUGGGUGGAUUUGAACUCCCAGCCUUUCAGUUAGUAAUCAAGCACUUAACCAUUUGUGCCACCCAAGGACUCCUAAUCAAAAUUGCAGAAGGCUUUAUUUUUUAGAAAUUGGCAAACUUAUUCUAAAAUUCACAUGAAAUUUCAAGGAACCUAAAACAGUCAAAACAACUUUGAAAAAGAAGAACAAAUCUGAAGAAUUAACACUGUUUGGUUUCAAAACUUAUUACAAAGCUAUAAUAAUUAAGAAAAUGUGGCACUGGUAUCAAGAUAAAUAGAUCAAUGGAACUGACUAAAGAGACCAGAAAUAGACUCACACAUAUAUGGACAACGGAUUUUUGUCAAAGGUACAAAGGUAAUUCAGUAGAGAUAGUCUUUUCAACAAAUGGUGCUGGAACAAUUGAGUACCUGUAUUUGAGUCAGAAUUGAUUAAACAGCAAUGAGUCAACGGGAUGCAAAAAAAAAAGAAAAGAGCUUUGAUCCUACCUCACAGCAUAUGCAAAAAUUAACUCAAAAUGGAUCAUAGACCUAAAUAUAAAACUUUUAGAGGAAACUAUGGGAGAAAAUCUUUGCAGUGUUAAAUUAGGCAAAUAUUUCUUAGAUAUAAUGCCAAAAUAUGAAAUAUAAAGGAACCAAUAGAUAAAUUAGGCUUUGACAAAAUUAAAAACUUUUCAAAAGAUGCUAUUAUGAGAACACACAGACAUACUACAAGGACUGGGAAAAAUAUUUGCAAAUCAUGUAUCUACUAUAAAAAACCCAUUACUGUUGAGUCACUUCUGACUCAUAGUGACCCUAUCGGACAGAGUAGAACUGCCCCAUAGAGUUUCCAAAGAGUGGCUGGUGGACUCAAACUGCUGACUUUUGGUUAGGAGCUGAAAGCUUAACCACUGUACCACCAAGGCUCCAGUAUCUGCUAUAAAAAAACUCAUAAAGAAGAUAUAUGAAAGGCAUGGCAAACAAGCCCAUAAAGAUGCUCAGCAUCAUUAGUCAUGAGGGAAAUGCAAAUUAAACAAUAAUGCAACACCACUACCCACCUAAAACAUCAUGUUGAAUGAAAAAAGUCAGACACUAAGGAGAACAUAUUGCAUGAUUCCACUUAUAUGGAAUUCUAGAAAACGCAAACCAAUCUGUAGUGAGAGAAAGCAGAUCAGAAGUUGCCUGGAGAGAUGGAUGAGGGGUGGGGGCAGGAGGGAGAGAUGAAAAAAUGGCACAAGGAGACUUUGGGGGUGAUGGCUAUGUUUACUGUCUUGAUUGUAGUGAUGUUUUCAUAGGUUUAUGUACAUGUCAAAACCAACCAAAUUGUAUACUUUAAAUAUGUGCAGUAUAUUGUAUGUCAAUUACAUCUCAGUAAAGCUGUUUUUCUUUUUGUUUUGUUUUGUUUUUUGUUUUUAAAGCUGUUUUUCUAAAAAACUUCCAAAAAAUUCCAGGCCCAGGACCAGUAGAAUCAACAAUAUGGAAAGAGCAUACUACGUUAUGCCCAAGCUGCUUUUUCUCCAGGAGUACAAAGUUGGUUUAACAUUAGAAAGUCCACCACUGGAAUUUGCCACACUGAGUUACUUACUAAGAAAAAAAAUCAUAUCAUCACCUUAAGAGAAGCAAAAACAUUUUUAUAAAAUCAACAUCUAUUUAUGGCCAUAAGUAAAUAAACAAAAAUAAGUAAGCCUUUGCAAACUAGAACUAGGAAGGAACUUCCUUAAUCUGAUGAGUACUUCCCAAAAACCACUAGCAGCAAAUGUCCUAGUUCCUGAAAUCAGAAGGAGCACGGGAUGCCCACGCCCACCACUUGUGCUGACACUGCACUGAGGUCUUAACCACAGUGGCAAGCUAAGAGGGUAAAUGCACAAGGAUUGGAAACCGAGAACCAGAGCCACCAUUAUUCACAGAAAAUGCCACUGGGGAUGCAAGAAUUCCGGAAGGAUCUACAGAUGCCUUAGUAGAAUUCAUCAUAAAAUUCAGCAAGCUUACUGGGUGAGGAGAUGGGGCUGGUGGGUCACAGCACCGCAGACAGCCUGGAUCUCGAACCUAGAUCCACCACUUACAAACUCAUGAUCAGUCUCGUCACAGGUGAGAAUCAGAGGGUGUGAGUAUGUACGUGCCUGGGGGUGCAUCUGUACCUGAGCAUGCUUAUGUGUGAGCCUAUGUGCACCUGCGUGUGCCUCUAUGCACCUAAGUGUGCUCAUGUGUGCACCUGUGUGCCCCCGUGUGUGUACCUGAGCAUGCCUGUGUGUGAGCUUGUAUACACCUGUGUGUGCCUCGAUGUGCCUAGUGUAUCUGUGUGUGUACCUGUAUACGGACCUGUGUCUGUGUGCACCUGUGUGUGCCUUUGUGUACACCUGUUUGUGUGCCUGUACAUCUGUGGAUGCAUCUGUGUGUAUACUUGAGCAUGCCCCUGUGUGAGCCUGUUGCCUCAGUGUACCUAAUUGUGCCUGUGUGUGCAUUGUGUGCACCUGUGUAUGAACCUGUUUGUGUCUGUGUAUGCCUGUGUGUCUUGUGUACACCUGUCUGGUGCACGUGUGUGCUUUUUUGUAUGCUUGUGUGUCUGUGGGUGUACUUGUUUGUAUACCUGAGCAUUCCUCUGUGUGAGCCUAUGUGCAACUGUGAGUGCCUCGAUGCACUUAAGUGUGCCUGUGUGUGUGCCUGUUUGUGCCCUGUGUGCACCUGUAUGUGUACCUGUGUGGGCACCUAUCCACAUAGUUACGUUGGGCAGCAAGGCUGUCUGGGUAUCUGUUGAUGGACAUGUUGUUGUCUUCACUUGGUGUCUAUGUUGAGAGGCAUGUGUAGGUCUGGGCUUGGGGGUUUGUCCAUGUUUUGGAGCCAUGUUUGCUCAUGUUUCUGCAGGAGCACUCUUGGCUUGGGAGGCUCAGUGGGCUUGGGGUCUGCCUGGUGGACAGGCGUGCGUGUCCAUCCGACAGCCAGGGCUGUGGGGCAGGCACGUCUGUGCAUCUGUCUGAGGGCAGGUAGGCUCUGUCUAUACCUAGCCUCUGUGUGUGCUUAGACCAGAGUCUGCGAUCAGGAGCACGGAGUCUGGGCUUAUUUCAAAGUGUCCAUGUUUGGGGGUGGGUGUGCUUUCAAUGCUGGUUGCUAGGUACUGGGUGCUCUGUGGAAGAAUUGAGGUUUGAGGAGCAUGUGCAUGUUGAUUGUGACUGUGUGCACCUUGGGGGACAUGUGUGUCAGGAGGGCCUGGGCUGCAGUGUCUAUGGGCUGCUCCUGCCUCACACUCACAUGGAGCCCAUGUCCCAUAGCUGGGGGUACAGAGCCAAGUGGAGCCAGGCAGUCGUGCUGCCCAGGAGCAGUGGCAGAGGGGCUGGGGACCUGGGAGUCAUUCACCAGCCCCAAGACUAUGACACCAGGUGCCAGUCUGCAGAGGCUCUAGCCACAGGUUGGCUGUCCCCCACAACUCCUGACCCAGCUCCUCCUGCUGCAGGCUGCCAACAUCAGUGGGUCACCUGGCAUCCCAGAGUGGGCCGCAAGGUCCAGACCCCUCCCUUUGCCCCUGUGGCCAGCCCACCACUGUAGCAGGCAUGCAGCUUGCCCCCUUCUCCCUCGCUCCUAUCAGCCACCCCACCUGAGCCCCCCGGCAGAGACUGUGUCCUGGCCGUUCUCGUAGCCUGUGCAGGGGUCCCACCACGACUUGUAUCACAGCUAAGGGGCUAGAGGCACUGAGGGGGCCUGUCCAAGGUCACACAGCACCAGGGCAUGGCAGACUCGAUCCCAUGCCCCAGAGCCCAAGCAUCAGUCCCUCCCCCACACCCCCAUAAUAUUUGUGGGACAUAAACAGCAUUGAUGCCAGUAGGCCGGGGCUGACCAGCAGCUGGAGGGAGAGCAGAGCUGGGCGGGGGGAGGUUUCCAUGGGGCCUUGGGAGGUCCAGAGGAGGCUGUGAAGCUGCAAUGUGAACAAUGAACUGAGGGUGGUGGGGGGGAGCGUAGGGUGUGUAGAAAGGUCUGCCCCAGAGCUGGGGGGCUAAGUGCUGAGUCCAGACCAGGGUGCUUUCCAGGUGACUCCCCCUCAUGCAUGUUCGCACCCCCCAGCAGUGCUCCCAGUCACCCCUGGGUUACCACUGCAUGGUAUUUUCACAUCAUGUGGACACUGCAGCACAGAUGGAGGUCAAAAGCCAGCCCUCACCAUGGCACAGCGAACACAUUAAAACACCAUGGGCACCGAGCAGUGCAGCAGAAAGGGCCGAGGGCUCUGGCCAUAUUCCAAGGGCCAGGGGUCAAGGGCCUAGGAAGAGUGACCCAGGCUCAGGGGCACCAGAGCCAGCAAAGCCACAGCAGGAGGCCAGGAUGGCGAGGAGGGGGCUGGCUUGUCUUUUGUGUUUCAGGUCUUAACGACAUGGACCUUUCUAUCUCAUAAAAAAAGUGUCUGGUGAUGUAGGAGGUGAGGAGGCCUCCUGCCAGCCCUGCCUCCCUUCCCAAAUCCCUGCCCUUUCCAGGCAGGGGCCGAGGGCCUGAGCUCAGAUGCCCACAAAGACUGCGGCAGAGCCAGACAGGCUCUAUCAGCCAGAUUCCAGUCCAGGGCCCUGUCCACGUUCUCGCCCGGCGUCUCUCCUUACCCUGGCCCUACUAGUCCACUGUCCCCCCAGUCCCUGGGCCUGGGUGACCUCAGCUGUGGCCUUCCCCACCCUCCAACUGGCUGUGAAAGCCCCGAGGGUGUAUCUGAUGGUGCUGAGGGGCUCUGCUCUCAUCCUCGGUCCUGUCACAAGUUCCUGCAGCAAGUCCCUGGACACUCUUCUUCGCCCACAGCAGCGUUUGUUCAUUGUUCCUGCUCCCAGCUGGCUGUGAGUCUGAGGGCAGAGCUCACUCAGCCUCACUCCCUCACACCUGGGCUGGGCUCCAGCAGAGGGUCCCCUGCUACCACACUUCUGCACACCCUGAUCCACCACCUCUGCCCCCGAGGCGCGGCCAUGUCUUCGAGGGACAAUCACUCAGAGGUGACCGAGUUCAUCCUGCUAGGCUUCUCGGGCUCCCGGGGACUCCACCUAAGCCUACUGGCACUGUUCCUGCUGGCCUACAUGCUGACUGUCAUGGAAAAUAUGGUCAUCGUAGCCGUGAUCCACACCAGUCCGCUGCUGCACAAGCCCAUGUACCUGUUCCUCAGCCAUCUGUCCUUCCUGGAGGCCUGGUACGUCUCUGUCACAGUGUCCAAGAUACUGGUCAGACUGGUGGACCUCGAGUGCCAGCACAUCUCCUUCACUGGCUGCAUGGCCCAGCUGUACUUCUUCCUGGCACUGGCCUGCACUGAGUGCAUGCUGCUGGGUGUCAUGGCCUAUGACCGAGACACAGCCAUCUGCUGCCCCCUACGCUACCCUUCUCCACCUGCGCCUCCCACCUGGCCAUGGUGGUCAUCUUCUACUCGGCCUCCCUCCUCUUCUGUGCCUGACCACGUGCCAUCUACUCCUUUGACUACAACAAGCUGGUGUCCGUGGUCUACACAGUGCUCGUGCCUCUCCUCAACCCUAUCAUCUACUGCCUGCGUAACCAGGAGGUAAAGGAGGCACUGCGCCGUGUGGCACAGAAGGCAACCCAGGCCCUGGGGGCCUCUGCCUAGGGGUCAAGCCCACCUUGGACCCCUCGCAUUCCUUGACACAUUUACCAUGCCAGCUCUAAUUGGGUGGCCAGGAUGGGGGGAAGUGAAGGCUGGAGGGAACAGUUAGCAUGCUCCCACCACUCAGUCCUGUGUCUGAGCCAGCACAGAGGCCUAGGCAAGAGAUUUUACUGCCUGAGACUUGUUCAGUAAAACAAGGAUGAAGUAAUCUAAUGAGUUAAACAGAUACUCAGGAGUUAGAACCAGAAGGUCUUUGAUUUAUCGGGCUUGGGUGUGAGGGGAUGGAAAGAACUGAGGACAAGCACCAUGUCCCAUGAAGAUGAAGUACCAUUCACCCAGGUAGGGAGCCAGGAGGAGGGCAGGUUUGAAGAGGAAGAAGCUGGAUUCAAUUUGGAAAUGCCCAGUAGGUACUUCAAUACUUGGAUCUGGCACUCCAGAGAGAAAAUUGCGCUUAAAAUAAAAAUCUCAGAACCAUCAGCAUAGAGAGGGUGAUCAAAGUCAGGAACAUAAAUAAAGUUGCCUGGGGAAAGCAAGGAGAGAGAUGAGAAAAGGGCCUAGUCAGGGCUCAGAGAAACCUCUAUCAGAAAAGUACUGCAACGGAGAAGAAAAUUCCAGCAAUAUGACACCAUAGACACCAGGGGAGAGAGCUACCAGCAGGGCAUUCACAGUGCUGCUGCUGCAAUCAGGCGAAAGGAGGGUCAGAAAGUCCUUUGAAUUUGCCAACAGAUGGGUCAGAUGUUAGCUUGGGGAAAGAAGUUUCCUUGGAGCAAAAGCAGAGAGGAAUAAAUUGAAGAAACUGAGGAAAUUGAUAGAGGGAGUUCGAGAAGUAGGGCUGUGAGGGAGAAUGUGAAGUUGGAAAGGUUUGUUUUGUAGUUUUCCUAAUCCCCCUUCUGCUAAUCUUCCUUUGUCUCAAUAGAUUUGCCUAUGCUAGAUACUUCAUAUAAUUGGUACCAUACACUGCUUAUUCUUUUGUGUCUGACUUAUUUCACUCAGCAUAAUGUUUUCAAAGAUCAUUUAUGUGGUGGCAUGUAUCAGAACUUCAUUUCUCUUUAUGUUUGAAUAAUUGUAUGCAUAUACCAUUUUCUUUUAUACCAUAUGUUGUGUAUCCCUUCAUCUGUUGAUGAACACUUGGGUUGUUUUCACUGUUUGGCUAUUGUGAAAAAUGCUGCAAUGAACGUUGAUGUACAUACAUCUAUCUGAGUCACUGAUUUCAAUUCUUCUCGGUAUAUACCUCAGAGUAGAGCCGUUAGGUCAUAUGGUAAGUCUAAUUUUCAGUUUUUGAGGAACCACCAAACUGUUUUCCACAGUGGCUGCAUCAUUUUACAUUCUCACUAGCAAUCCAAUUUCUUCACAUUCU